GCCUGCUGCCUUGUGACACAUCCUGGGCCCUCCCGGAGGCGGCAGCAACAGCAGCAGAAGCAGCGGCAGUAGCUCUGGCCACCACCUCCUUCCUAGCCGCAACCCAGUUCCACCUGCCACUGGCCCGGCUGCUACUGCAGUCAUGGCUGCUGAUGGGGUGGACGAACGGUCGCCUCUGCUGUCAGCCUCCCAUUCGGGAAAUGUCACUCCCACCGCCCCGCCGUACUUGCAAGAAAGCAGCCCCAGAGCAGAACUCCCACCUCCGUAUACAGCCAUCGCCAGCCCAGAUGCCAGUAGUGUUCCAGUGAUCAACUGCCGCGUGUGCCAGUCUCUAAUCAACUUGGAUGGAAAACUUCACCAGCAUGUGGUUAAGUGCACAGUGUGCAAUGAAGCUACGCCAAUCAAAAACCCCCCAACAGGGAAGAAAUAUGUUAGAUGCCCUUGUAAUUGUCUCCUCAUUUGUAAGGACACAUCUCGGCGAAUAGGAUGUCCGAGACCCAACUGUAGACGUAUAAUUAACCUUGGCCCCAUAAUGCUUAUUUCUGAGGAGCAACCGGCUCAACCUGCAUUGCCAAUCCAAGCAGAAGGCACAAGGGUCGUGUGUGGGCACUGCGGAAACACAUUCCUGUGGAUGGAACUGAGGUUCAACACUCUGGCAAAAUGCCCACACUGCAAAAAAAUCUCCUCAGUAGGUAGUGCACUUCCCCGGAGACGCUGCUGUGCAUAUAUUACCAUCGGAAUGACAUGCAUUUUCAUUGGUAUUGGAUUGACUGUUGGCUCCCAAGAUUUUGCAAGGCGAUUUCAUACAACCUACGUGUCUUGGGCAAUUGCUUAUCUCUUAGGUUUGAUCUGCCUCAUCCGAGCUUGUUACUGGGGGGCAAUAAGAGUCAGUUAUCCAGAACACAGUUUUGCAUAAUUUGUUCAUGAUUCAUUGAUGCAGGUGAGAGCAUCUAGUUCUUGAUUAGCACACUGUAAAAUCACUUAUCCUAAUGGAGUCCAUCCUGGCUUACGUAUAAUAGUUUCAAGCCUUUCUGAGUCUUUUCUGUACUACAUUAUACACAAGUUCAUUUUGCUGCUAGGUUUUCAAACUUGGAAUAGUAAAGCUGUCUUUUUGUUCUUUUAAAAUCAAUUAAAGAUAUUUUGGAUUUGUCAUCAAAUGUUACAUUUAAUAUCAGUCUUAUAUUAUGUUUAAAUCAGUUAUUCCAUCACUUGCUGAUCCCAAGAAGUGUUUAUAAAUGUUUCUACAAUAGUUUCACAUUUAUACUUACAUUUUAAUUAAACAAAAUUGCUUGCUUUAAAAUCUAAGCAAUAUGCAUUUUUGCUUGGACUGCUUAUAGUAAUUUUAACCUAAGAUUAUAGUUACCUUAUUCAGGAAAAAAAAUUGAGUGUACUUUUAAAAACUUGGCAUUAUUGUCAGAGAAACAUUUCUAGAUACUGUAUGCUUGUUUUAUGUUGUUUGUAGAAAGAUACAAUAUUUUGGUAGUAAUGUAAAACACAAGGGUGAAAAUAUUUGUCCACAGUUGGAGGUGUUGGAUAACUAGACAUUUACCCAAGAUUACAGAACUUUUGACCUUUCAUUUUUGUCUUUUUAUUUACUAAUUAUAAAAAUCUGGUCUGGAUUUAUGGAAUUUAAUAUUAAUCAGCUGUAUGGAUUCCUUUAUAGACUGGAGAAAGUAUUUCAGAUAACAUGUUUUAUAAUACUUCACCAUUUAAUCAAAGACAUAUUUACACUGGGUUUCAUUCCUUUUCAUGAGAUCAUGGUAAACUCUCCUUGUUGAGAUCAUUGUGCCCCCUUUCUAUGUAAAGGGAACCUAUGAGAUUUUUGCACUAGCUGAAAUAGUAUAAUUAGACAUCCACUUUCCAUUCUUCAACUGGUGAGACAAUUACUAAGUUAGUUAAGAAAAUAGAUCAGAUAUUAAGAGCAGCAUAGUUUUCUAAAAACCCAUUUAGGAUUUAUGGACUCAGCUCUUGCACUGCCCAUUUUUUGCAGUUUAGAAAAAUUAGUUAAGAGUUAAUGGUCUAAUCUCUUUCACAUUGUAGAAUUAAAGAAUGAGAUCAUCCAAGCAAAUUAAUAUGUGCUUCUAGGGAUGAGACUAAUAUUUUAAGUUCUUGAUUCAUGUGAAAAUGUAUUCAGAAGGAAGUUUGGAGUGAAACACUUGUAAAUGUCAAAGAGAAAAUGAUAAAUGUAUGAAUGCAAUAGCUCAGGAUUACAUGUAUCUUUGAAAAUAUACUAAUAAAGAUUAAUAUUCAAAAAUUA